UGUCCUACUAUGUCCAGUUUGCACCAUGUGAUUUCACAUUCCGUUUCAAAUUCUGGUGCCGCUGAUGUUAAGAAAUGAUCCUUUAAUGCUAUCAAGACUCCUCCCCUCUAAUAUUUCAAUCCCUUCUGAAAAUGUUGAAUCCAGGCGGUAGAAAUUGGGUGUUUUUGACAGAAGAGUCGAGCCAAAUAUCAAGUUUUUCAAUUUCUGCUUGUUUCGUUUUUGCUGACUGAAAGUUAAUAUUUACUAUUCAGAGUUUUGUAUAAUGCUUCCUUGAUUGACCCAUUUAAAGGUAAAGUAAAGUAAAUUUUAUUUAAAGUCGGCACUAUAUACAUUCAACAAAUCAAACACAAGCUCUGUAGAGCUUUUUAACCGACUAUCACAUAUAUCAAAGACAAAGACACAUAGCAUGCAUGUACACAUAUACACAGACAUAUCACAGAUUAACAAAAGAAUACAAAAUAAAAAUAAAAAAUUUCAUGCAAGAAUAUCCCGAUCCGAUUUAGAGGAAGAAAUGAACUACUACAAGCAAGAGUAAAUGUAUAUAAAAAUCAUCAUUAAAAUUCAAUCUAAUUCGCAAUUUUUGUUGCAAAUAUUGCGAAAAGUGCAAGCUAUUUCAAAUAGAAAGCUGGAUAAAUAGUAUAAGAAAUUUGAAAAUAAUUUAAAUAUAAUUAAAAUCGAUAAUGAUAGUAAAUCAAUCGUAUAAAUAUUUAAAAAAUUCAUUGCUGGCGGAAUUAACUAAAAAAUAGAUAAUAAACUAGAAAAGAAAGUAUAUUGAUCCAUGUAAACACAUCACAUAAAUGCUGCAUAGAUAAAAAGAGCAGAAGCAACAUAUAAAGCUACGUACACUGGACCUAAAAUCUUCAUGAUUUACAAUUACAUGUGGGGCCAGACAAAGUGGAAAUAAAACUUUUAAAUUGAUUUAAGGUGGUAAGAUGCCUAGCUUCAUUUGGCAAAGAGUUCCAGAUCUUAUGAGCACUGUACCUAACGGAUUUCAGCACAUACUUGGUUGUCCUGACACUGGGCACAAUGGCAGUGUUUGUGAGAAUGGUCUUUUAAAAUGCAAUGAUGUCAUAAAGAAACAGAAAGCUGGAUUCGUUUACAAUUUUACAAGUUUCUAUAGCGCAUACGCCUUAUUUUUCUUUAAGCGGAAUUACUUUCAUAUAUAUACAAUAAUUACUUUUUUUUUCUUUUUUUUUCUUGGAAUGGUUUUAAAAAGUUCAACUCCCAAGAGUACACUCCGUACUUUGAUUCUGCCUGUGAAGAGCACGAAAGCUUUUACGAACGAACUGCUUGAAGGUGCGCAUCGCGAGAUUAGAGAUUUUACGAGAUUUUGUUGCUAGACAUGGAGGACGUAUACAAAAUUUUGAGUUUCUAACUAUCAACUGUGCAUUAUUACUGUUUACUUUGAAUAUUUAUCUAACAUUGAGCAUAUCUACGAGGGAAGUUAAUGAAAAAUGGAUGACGAUUACGGGCAGAUGUAUGGAGGAGAGGAGUUCAUGGGAGACAUCGGCUUGGAAGAUGAGGCCAUUUUGGACUACGAUGAUGGAGAUGAUAAUCUCGACCUUGGAUCUGAGGAAGAGGAAGAAACUGAUUCUUUUGUUGAGGACAGAGAUUAUGAUGAGAAAACCCCCGAGCCCACCAUUUCUAAACAAGAACAACUUAGAAUGAUUCAUCUUAGGAGUCACUUGAACCAGUUAACAGAAAAAGUUAAACACCAUCAAUAUCUCACAGAAAAGACCAGAGAAGAACAGAAACAAUGUAGAAAUCGUCUGUCUCAGCUGGAGACAGAACGGGACCAAGUUUUCAAGGAAAUUCAAGGGGCUGAGUCAGAUAAAAAUACUUCAGCCCUGUACAGACUACGGGCUAGGCAUGAAAGGAUAUGUCAGGAAUUAGAAAAUGAACAUGAACUUGAAAAAAUGAUAGCAGACAGAUUGGAGCAAGAGGAAUAUGAACUCUCAAAAGUUGAGGUUGAAAGAGGGAAGUUUUUAUUGGCUGAAGAUGACUUGGUUAAACAAGAACAGCAAUUGGCCAAAGAAAAAACAGACAUGGCCCUCCAGCGUCUUCGUAAAGAAGAAAUGAAAGCCAAAAGAGCAGUCAGACAGCAUGCCAGAAGACAAAGAGAUUAUCAAGCAGCCAUGGAAGAACAGAGUAGGAAACAUCAAAUGACAGUGGAGGAUGCUGAGAGAAGUCACGCUAGACAUAACAAGUUCCUUAAUCAGACAAUGGAAAAAUUGCAGAAACGACAUGAGGAAGAAAAUAUUAGAUACAAAGAUCACAUGAGAAAUAAGAUGGAAAUGCUGCUGAAAUUAAAAGGAGACAUUACUUCAAAUAGGGAGAACCUAAAAGCCCUUCAUGCCAGAGGCCAAGCUGCCAACAAAGAAGCAAAACAGAGAGAGGAGGAGGAACGUCAGCGAAUUCUAAAGGAAGGAGGCAACCCAGACCAGGUCCUCCUUAUCCAGAAGAGGAUUGAGGACGUUGAGCGUCAGAAAACUGAAUUCGAAAAUGAGAAGAGAAUGAAGCAAGCUACCAUCAUGGAGAAAAUUCUGGUUGAGGAGAAGAGACUAAAGAAAAGGAAGAAGCAACAACCCCAUCUUUGGACUGAUCCGAAGUCCGACAAGUCCAAGAUCCUUGGACCCCAAAAAAAGAAAGCACUCAAGAUUUUUCGAGACCUAACAGAUUCCUCCAUUUUUGAUGACGAUAUGAUGAAAGAAAAUACUUACAUUAUGGAUGGUCCAGAGGAGCAGGCUACACAGAGAGAAAAGGUUCAGGAACUCCAAAGGGCAGAAACUGAGGACAAAAAGCUCACGCCCCUCCCUGCUGAUUCCAGUGACUCCAGUGAUGCAGGAUCAGAUGAAGAGAAAGUGGAUCUAGCAGUGCCAGAGUUUGAGGGGCUGUGGGACCAGCACAAACCUUACAGGGUCCCAAAAGACACAGAGUCAACUCUGAAACUGCCAAACGGAAGUAAAAUGGAAAAGGAAAUAUUGGAGAAAGUGUUGGAUAAACAUCGCCAGGGAAUAGUUGUCAAACAGGUGGCUGCUGGUCGAGAAUUCCAGGGCUGCCCUUUCUACAGCAAGCCUGAUGUCAUUCACUUCAAGGAUUUUGAAGUUGGGAAAACGUACAAGAAAAAAGUGACCUUGACCAAUGUUUCCUACACUGUAAAUUACUGCAAAUAUAUCAACAUUACAGAGAUGUUAAAGGACUUCAUUGAAAUUCAGUUCGACCCACCAGGACAAAUGUCAGCUGGAUUAACUUGUGAAAUGAUGGUUACUUUCAAACCAAUGAUUAAUGAGGACCUCUCUGGGGUAGUGAACUUCUUAUCUCAGACUGGGCCAUUUGCAAUACCUCUGAAGUGUACCACAAAGAAAUGUGAUUUGUCAACAGACACUAGUCGUAUUGACUUUGGGACCACAGUCAUUGGAGAGACUCUGAAGAGAACAUUUACCCUCACCAACAAGGGAGCUCUGGGGACAAAAUUUGAAUUUUUCAAGGUCACAGGUCAGAAGGAGAGGACUGUGACUACAGCUGCCACUUCUCUGGGAGGUCUGACAACAGCAGACACCAUUAGAGCAUUCAGUCCAGAUUCCACGUCAGUAGUGGCCAAGAAAGACGUGACAGCUUCACUGGAGAAGGCAACAGCUGAUGAGAAAAAGACAGCUGAGGAUGCAGAUAAGGCCAGCAUGGGAGGAAUGGGCACCUCCGAUGAGCAGAAUGGCACCCAGGCAGCUGGGGAGGGGCUCAGUGUGGCUGGGGAGGGAGAUCAAGGGGAAGACGAGCAGGCUUUACAGGAAUCACCAGACCUGGCUGUUAGUGAGAUGGAGGAUUAUGGCACACUGGACGGGAUGAAGGUUGGUCUGGUGGCCAGUGGAGAGUUAGGUCCCUUUGCCUCCACCAAACUGGAGAUAAUUUGGCAGCCCCACAUUCCAGGGCGAGUGGACACAGAAUUCUUAAUCACAUUUUCUGAUCCACUAUCUGACAGUAUCUCCAUCCAAGCUAUAGCCAAUGCCAUAGAUGUCCCAGUGUGGGUUGAGAGACAGACAGUGGACCUAAAGAUCUGUAUGUAUGACAGGCUGUAUCAGGACACCAUUAUUGUCAACAACAGAGCAACCACUGCCCUGAGACUGAAGUUUGAAGUCUGUAAAGAACUAAAGAAUCACCUGGAACUUUUGCCAAAGACAGGUUACAUCCAGGCACAAUCUAAUUUCUCAGCACAGAUGAAAUUUCUUCCUAGGAAAAGUUUAUUUGAAGAAGCUGGGAAGUAUUUUGACAAAGAGACUGGUGUCCUAGAGGCACCAAUGAUAAUCAGGGUAGCAGAUCAGACCCAGCCUGUACCCUUUACUGUCCAAGCAGUUUUGACUACAUCUGACAUGGAGUUUGACACAACAGACAUUGACUUUGGCUGCUGCACAAUUUACGAAUCAACAAAAGCUAAAAUAAAACUGACCAACAAAUCGAUUCUUCCCCAGGAGUUUGGUUUUGUUGGCCACCCUGAGUUUGUUGAAAUUCAACCUAAUGAUGGUUUUGGAACCUUGCUACCUUUGGAGACAAUUGAUCUGGAAGUUAUUUUUAGUCCCAAGAAAGCCAGGGAUUACAAGUUUGAACUGAACUGUAAAUCACUGAUAAACAGGGAGUUUAAGAUCCAAUGUAAGGGUGUGGGGGUCCACCCUCCCCUGGAAAUGUCUCACCAAGUCAUCCACUUCUCGGCCACUUCCCUGUACGAUGUGUCCACCACCUCCUUCCAUGUUGUCAACUCCCACACAAGUACUAAUGAAUUCACUCAUCCUGUACCACGAAUUGGGAAAGGUGAUAUAGCUCCAGUGGGCCCCACUUCCUUUGAGUUUGUGGUUCCAGAGGGGGCACCACUCACAAUAUCCCCAUCUGUUGGCACUAUUGAACCUGGGCAGAAAUGUCCGAUCUGGGUGAGAUUUGCACCAGAGCUGAAUGAACUAGACAUAAAGAAGGAGGCUGUAAGAAUGGCUACCAAAGCUAUGGAGGCUCAGGCGGAGAAAGAAUUCGAGGAGAAACUGAAACGGGAGAGGGAGGAGGCAGACCAGGCCCUGCAAAAAGCAAUAGGUAAAGGAGGGAAAGGUAAAGAUGCUAAAUCUCCCACAAAAGGUAAAGGUAAAGCUUCACCAGCGCCAUCUCUAACUGUGUCAGGACCAAGACCCAUAACUCCACCAACCAUUGACACCAUUUCUAAAGACUCCCCUGCCUAUGCCUCUGCCCGGGCCAACCUCCUGCGACAGUAUAGGGGCAGCUUCAGAAGCUUUAGAAUUCCCUGUUAUGUUGCCAGUGGGAAAUGUGGCAACCCUGGUGAACUGCCAUAUAGUGUCCAUAAUACCUUGUAUCUAGAGGUCCACUGCCCUGUUGUUAAGCCAACUCUAGUUGUGAUUUCUGACAAUGGGAAAUCCAUUCUGGACUUUGGAGAAGUGUCUCUUGGUCAAAAUAUCAUCAAAUCUGUCACCAUACAAAAUAUAUCUAACAAAACUGUAGAGUUGACAUCAUCCAUAUUGAACACUGGUGGACCUUUCCUGAUGCUGAAUGCACUCAGAAUCCUACCUCCAGAUGGCACCCAUACCAUACUGAUAUCAUACACUCCAGAAAAGGGAGAAGUGUUUCAUGAGGUUCUGGAGAUACAGACAGGCCACAUGGCUUUACACAUCACCUUGACAGGUAAGGGAGUCAGUCCGAUGAUUGAAAUCAACAUGCCAAUGCAGAAUGGAGUACUGGACAUGGGAGCUGUGUUAGCAGGCGAAUACCUGGAGCGAACAUUCAAGAUGAUGAACUCCUCCUCCUUGUCGAUAGACUACUGCAUCAAGUUAGACAGUCUGUCGCUACAGAGGCACAAUGAAGCUCAAGCUAUUCCAGGAUUUAUACAGAAAAACAAAACUACUAAUCUCAGUGUCGGUACACAGAACAAUAAUGGUCAGAACGUAUUUGAUUUGGUUCCGUCAGAGGGAACAGUACCCCCUGGUAGCAGUAUUGAUCUAACCGUCACUUUUGCCCCCGAUCAUCCCAGUGACUAUUAUUCAGAUGGAAUUCGCAUUGAACUGUUUGGAAAGGAAGAAACACAUAAUUUUAUGAUCAAGGGAAUGGCCAAACCCAGAAUUAUGUUUGUACAUGAAACAGAUGACCGAACCCCAGACAUUGAAUCUUUGGCAGAGGAGACCCCUGUUCUCACAGAGGAUGAAGAUGGAAAACUUUUACCCACCCCUGUCUUGUUCACACUGAGGAGUAUAGCCAAAGAGAAUGACUUCAUCCCUGCUUCUCGAGACCUGUUUGUGGGAUGUGUCAGGACAAUGGCCGUCAGUCAGAAGAAGGACGGAAAAGGUGCUUCUAAACGCAGUAACGGUGAAUUCCAGUUUGAAAAUGUUCAACUUAUAACCCCGAAAGGAUUCAAUAUUGAACCACAAAAGGGUAUGGUAGAGGCUGGAGCUCUUAAACCCGUCACAUUUACGUGGACACCACCUGCUGGUCAUGAUCCCAACACUCCGGUGGAAGCCAGUGUUAUGUUAACAUUGAAGGGUGAUGUGACAGAACAGGUCCGCGUUAUGUUACGUGCAUUCGUAGUUUCUGACUAAACGCGCCAAAAACGGGAAUUGGGACAUUCUCGUGAUAAACUGGACAUGCAAACUGGAAAAUAUAUUUUACACUUCUUCAAAUUUUAUGUAGAAGUGAUAUAUUUCAUUUUUUUGAAAAGUGUUUCUUGAAUACUAUCAACUGUGAUAUCCGUCCUAUUGAAAGCAUACUUAUUGAAGUUUA